CUGCUCCGCGCACGCAUGGCGCCCGCACACGGAGUCUGACCUGAUGCGGACGCAAGGGGGUUAAUAUGAACGCCCCUCUCGGUGGAAUCUGGCUGGGGCUCCCUCUGCUCUUGACCUGGCUCAGCCCUGAGGUCAGCUCUUCAUGGUGGUACAUGAGAGCUACAGGUGACUCCUCCAGGGUGAUGUGUGACAAUGUGCCAGGCCUGGUGAGCCGCCAGCGGCAGCUGUGCCACCGACACCCGGACGUGAUGCGUGCCAUAGGCCUGGGUGUGGCCGAGUGGACAGCAGAGUGCCAGUAUCAGUUCCGACAACACCGCUGGAAUUGCAACACCCUGGACAGGGACCACAGCCUCUUUGGCAGGGUUCUGCUCCGAAGUAGUCGGGAAUCUGCCUUUGUAUACGCCAUCUCCUCAGCUGGAGUUGUAUUUGCCAUCACCAGGGCCUGUAGCCAAGGAGAAUUAAAAUCCUGUUCCUGUGAUCCAAAGAAGAAAGGAACUGCCAAGGACAGCAAGGGCACCUUCGACUGGGGUGGCUGCAGUGAUAACAUUGACUAUGGGAUCAAGUUUGCCCGAGCCUUUGUAGAUGCCAAGGAAAGGAAAGGAAAGGACGCCAGAGCCCUGAUGAAUCUUCACAACAACAGAGCUGGCAGGAAGGCUGUAAAGCGGUUCUUGAAACAAGAGUGCAAGUGCCAUGGUGUGAGCGGCUCGUGUACUCUGCGGACGUGCUGGCUGGCCAUGGCCGACUUCAGGAAAACGGGCGAUUACCUCUGGAGGAAGUACAAUGGAGCCAUCCAGGUCGUCAUGAACCAGGAUGGCACUGGUUUCACUGUGGCUAACAAGAGGUUUAAGAAGCCAACGAAAAAUGACCUUGUGUACUUUGAGAAUUCUCCAGACUACUGUAUCAGGGACCGAGAGGCAGGCUCCCCAGGUACAGCAGGUCGUGUGUGCAACCUGACAUCCAGAGGCAUGGACAGCUGUGAAGUCAUGUGCUGCGGGAGAGGCUACGACACCUCCCGCGUCACCCGGAUGACCAAGUGCGAGUGUAAGUUCCACUGGUGCUGUGCCGUGCGUUGCCAGGACUGCCUGGAGGCCCUGGACGUGCACACAUGCAAGGCUCCCAAGAGUGCUGACUGGACAACCCCAACAUGACCCCAGCAGAGGUCACCGCCCACCGACCCUCCUGCAAGGACUCCACUGGAUCUGCGAGGACACUGGACCCGUGGGCUCUCUUAGGGGGGAUAUUUCUUAAGGCAUGUGGCCUUUGUCUCAACAGAAGCCCCUCCCCUCCUCGAUGGCCCCAGUACUGGGGGCCAUGUGCUGCAUACAACACAUGCCCUGUUCUGUCUGCCACCUGGCUCUCUGGGGUCCCCCCUCUUCCUGGGGAGUUCUCUUUGGAACCAGGCUAUUGGGGGGAGGGUGGCGGGCCCAGAUCGCCAUCUUCACCCUUCUAGACUUUCCUCUUUCUAGAGCUGUUGGCAGGAAGACAGUCUCAAGGGAGCUUCCUUUGCGUCCUCCCACACACAAUCGCCGUGAAGAAAUCUCAUCCUUCUCUCCAGGAGUGGGUGCAGGGGGGAGUAAAGAACACAAAAUCGACUGUCGUUGAUUAACUUACAUUCUUGAAAAAUCCAGCAAGGUUUUCCUGUGAUCAGUGGUUGCCAGGGGCCACCCCACCCACUCUGCCCGCACCCUGGGGUGAAUGGUCACUGCCUUUGGGAAGGAUGGCUUUCAAUAAACUUCAGGUUUCAAAUGCACACUUUCAAGGGACUCAUUGCCUUGGUCGAGUCUGACGUAAGAAGGUGG